UCUCCGUACCGACUCCGUCUGUCAUCAAUCAUGGUAAACAGUGCACAAGCAGCUGAGGGUUACCAGCAAAUUUCUGCUACGAUACAAAGAUCUUUGGGCAGAAAAUUAAUUGAAAAUGUUAAACCAUGCCUUGGAAAUGUCAUCUUGGAUUUAGGAUGUGGCACCGGAGAACUGUCUGCCUAUUUGGCGGAGCUCGUAGGAAGAGAUGGAAAAGUUGUAGCCGUGGACCCUGACAUUGCUCGAGUGAAAUUGGCCCAGAAAACACAUGGAGGAAUCAGUAAUCUUGCCAUUCAAGAAGGAAGCGCCUCAAACUUCCCAGGAAUGGGAUCACAGUGUUACGACGUUGUCUUUUGCAACUUUGUGCUUCACUGGAUUCAGGACAAACAUGAGGCCUUCAAGAACUCUUUUCAGAGCCUUAAACCAGGCGGGAAAAUUCUGUUGUCGUACGGAGAUUCAUUGGCUAUCAUGUUUGAGCGCUUUUUCAAAGAACUUAUCCCAGAAAACUGUAACGCUUUAUUAAGCAAGUGGCACUUCAUAGAGAGAGAAAAGAUAGAAGAGAUGUGUGCAGCUGUCGGCUUUGAUACUGUGAAGAGUUACGACGUGAAAAGUGAUGCCUAUGUAUUUGAUAACGAAGAAGGAAUGAUUUCGUUUUUCUGGGCAAGUUCACAUGGCUUAUUUGAUCCCAAGCUGAUAAGAAAAGACAGGCUGGCAAGUUUCUGCGCUCGGUACACAAGUGGGGAAAAUUCUUCACCAUUUAAGUUGUUUCCUGGUGAAGGUGAUCACUAUUGUGUGUUGGUUGCAGCGAAACCGAUAUAAAAAUAUCUCUGCUUCCUCCUUUGUAGACUGUCAAAUUAGCCAAUUUUUCCAGUGUACAUGUCACGGAAUUUUAUGUGAACGUAUUUUCAGUAUAUCUUGUUCUCUUCAAAUUAGGAAUUCGUCAGAGUUCUUUU